AUGUCACCGUCAGAGUCCAGGUUCACCUGUAAGGGGAAGAAGGUGCUGCAGUUUUCAGGAACCAGUACCUUCUCUGAGUACACUGUGGUUAACCAGAUGGCCGUGGCUAAGAUCGACCCCACUGCCCCUCUGGACAAAGUCUGUCUCCUUGGCUGUGGGAUCUGCACAGGAUACGGAGCGGCAGUGAAUACUGCUAAGGUGGAACCGGGCUCCACGUGUGCUGUGUUCGGAAUGGGAGCUGUGGGCUUGGCUGCGGUCAUGGGCUGCAAGGCUGCAGGAGCCAAGAGGAUUUUUGCCGUUGACAUCAAUCCGGAUAAGUUCGAGAAGGCCAAGGUGUUCGGGGCGACCGACUUCGUGAACCCCAAAGAUCACAGUAAGCUCGUCAGCCAGGUGCUGUCCGAGAUGACCGACGGAGGAGUGGACUUCUCCUUGGAAUGUGUCGGGAAUGUGGGAGUCAUGCGCAGCGCCUUGGAGUCUUGUGUGAGAGGUUGGGGCGUCAGCGUGCUGGUUGGCUGGACGGACAUGGCCGACGUUGCUACUCGCCCCAUCCAGCUGCUCUCUGGACGCACAUGGAAGGGCUCUCUGUUUGGAGGCUUUAAGGGUAAGCAGGACGUGCCUCAGAUGGUCAAAAAGUACCUGGACAAGAAGAUAAAGGUGGAUGAGUUCAUCACUCACACCAUGACUUUGGACCAGGUCAACGACGCCAUUGAGCUGAUGAAGCAGGGCAAAUGGUAG